AUGGGUGUCUUUAAUGAUUGCGAGCCACUGCCACAUGUCGCAGAAACGCUUUUUGUGCAAAACUUUAUCCUUCAUUUACUGAUCUUCUCCGCUGCGCUCGUGAUUGGCUCGACUGGCGCCGUCGGCCGCGACCUUGUUUCUGAGCUCGUGGCUUCUGCCAAGUGCUCGAAGGUCAUCGCUCUAGCGCGUCGCGACGUCCCCGAGUCAGCCUGGAGCUCGACGUUCCCGUCGUUGGACGCGGAAGCGGCCAAGAGCAAGCUGGAAGUUCGGCAGGUGGACUUCAACAGUCUCUCGGAGGCUGAUAUCAAGCCUUCAGACAAGGUGAACGCUGCCUUUUCAUGUCUGGGCACGACCCGCAAAGACGCUGGCUCUGCUGAGGCCUUCCGCAAAGUGGAUCUGGAGUACGUGACCCAGUUCGCCGAGCUGUCCAAAGCCGCAGACGUGCCGUAUUUGGGUCUUUUGACGUCUCAGGGCGCCAACAAGGACAGCUGGUUCCUGUAUCCCCAGACAAAGGGCGAAGUGGAGGACAAAGUGCAGCAAAUGAAGUUCCAGCGUACGUCCAUCUUCCGACCGGGAAUGCUGCAGCGUGGAGAAUUACUGCGAGGAACUGAGAAAAUGUUCGGCUGGAUGAUUCCGGGGUCAUACCAGAUCACGGUGAAGGCUGUGGCCAAAGGUAUGGUAUCCGACUAUGAGAGCGGUGCGGAAGGUAUUAAGGAGUGGAGUCACGCUGAUCUGAAGAAGUUCGAAUAAACUCUUCGUAUAAGAACAUAAAGUCUGAGAAUAUCUUUAUCUCAGUACAUUCUCU